AUGUCUAAUUAUACCAAGACCUAUCGUAUUGCAGCAAUCCCCGGUGAUGGGAUUGGUAUAGAAGUAGUUGAAGUCGCUCUUGAGGUUCUUCAAACAGUCGCCGAGGUCACUGGAGGCUUCAUAAUCAAGGUUGCUGAGCUUCCCUGGGGAAGCGCAUUCUACAAGAAGAGCGGCUAUUACCUUCCACCGAAUUUUUUAGAUACCUUGAAGGGAUAUGAUGCCAUUCUCUUCGGCGCAGUCGGCGCACCUGACAUCCCCGACCAUGAGUCCCUCUGGGGUCUCCUCCUGAAGAUGAGAGGGCCCAUGCAGCUAUAUGCUAAUAUGAGACCGAUCCGGUGCUUCACUAAGCCUCGUCUCGAAGGAGCAGAUCCUGCACAUUUGAAUUGGCUCCUGGUACGCGAGAAUAGCGAGGGCGAGUAUUCCGGACAUGGUGGUCGCUCGCAUGGCGGGAGAGAGUGGGAAGUCGCGACGGAGACCAGCAUCUACACACGCCAUGGGGUCUGCCGCAUCAUGCGACACGCGUUCGAGGCGGCGAGCAGGCGGCCGCGCAAGCACCUGACCGUUGUGAGCAAGUCGAACGCCCUGCGCCACGGGUUGGUGCUCUGGGACGAGAUCGCGGCGGAAGUGGCUGCUGAAUUCCCCGAUGUGAGCUGGGACAAGGAGCUGGUAGAUGCCAUGACCAUCCGCAUGGUCCAGAAGCCGUGGACGAUCGAUACCGUGGUGGGCACAAACCUGCAUAUUGAUAUAUUGUCAGACUUGGCCGCAGCGCUGGCGGGAUCCAUCGGUAUCGCCGCUUCGGCGAACCUGGACCCUACGAGGACCAAUCCAUCGAUGUUUGAGCCAGUGCAUGGCAGUGCGUUCGACAUCAUGGGCAAGGGCAUCGCCAACCCAAUCGGCGCCAUUUGGGCGGCCGCUGACAUGAUCGCAUGGCUUGGGGAGCAGUCGGCAGCCGAUAGCAUCAUGGAUGCGAUUGCGAGUGUGUGCAAGGAUGGCAAAGUGACCGCUGAUAUGGGAGGUACACUGAAUACGAAGCAAACGGCAGAGGCUAUCUGCCUGGCGAUCAAGUCUCGCCAUACAUGA